AGCUGACUUUGCUCAGACGGGGGCCAUGGAGGACGCGGCCAAGAGGCACAUCUCCCAGGCCUUCCAGUCGCUGAUAGAUCAGGUGGUGCUGCAGCACUCGGUGGAGCUGCAGGAGUGCCAGAGAAGCUUGGAGCUGCAGCAGAGCAAUGUCUCACAGAUGGAGGAUCAGGUGGUGCGGCUCCGCACGGAGAACGCGGUGCUGCGCGUGCCAAAGGGCGGCAUGGAGCGAAUGGUCACGGAGGACUCCGUGGUUCUUCGCGUCCCGAAGGGCAACAUGGAGCGCAUGGUGACGGAGGAGUCCCGGAUGUCCACUUGCAGCACGCGGCUGAAGCACCAGCAGAACUUCUCGGCAGCCAUAAUGAAGCAGCACCAGGAGGUCGGAGAGGUGAAGGCCCGGCAGGUCUUGGAUGUCUGGGAGACCAUUGAGGAGGAAGAAGAGGAAGGUACAGGUAGCUGCCUGAGGGCCUUCCUGACCUCCACGCGCUACGAGAUGAUCUUGGCGGCGGCCUUGUGCCUCAACGUGCUGUGGAUGGCUUGGGAGCUUCAGGUGAGCGGCAGCCAGACAGGUCUGCUGUUGGCCGGGGCCAGCGUGGAGCUCUCCUCCUGGGACCAGGUCUAUGUGUUGGGGGACUACAUCUUCACGGGGCUUUUCAUCUUGGACGCGGGCAUUCGCAUGGCGGUGCUGAGGCAAGACUUCUGGACCUCGCGGUUGAACUACGUGGACAUUGCGGUGAACCUUGCAUGCGUGGCAGAGAUCAUCGCCUCCUACGCCAUGGACAGCACCAACUCUUCCUUCCUCCGGCUGGUGAAGAUCGCGAAACUGGCCAGGGCUCUACGGAUGUUCUCCAUGGACAGCGUGCUUGCAUCCCUGCAGCUUCUGCUGAAGUGCCUCCUCGCCAGCAGUAACAUGCUCUUCUGGAGCUUUCUGCUCUUGUCCUUCGUGCAGGGCGUGGCGGCCAUCGUGGUCAGCAUCCUCUGCCGGGACUACCUGGUGGACGCCAACGCGGAGAUCGGCUUAAGGCAAGCGGUGCACCUUUAUUACGGCACCUUCACGCGCAGCUUCCUCACCAUGUUUGAGGUGUUGUUUGCCAACUGGGGGCCGCCUUGCAGAGUGCUUGUGGACAACGUCAGCGAGUGGUUCUCUGUGUUCUUCUUGCUGUACCGCUGUGUCCUUGGAUUUGCAGUCUUAAAUGUCGUGAAUGCGGUGUUUGUACAACAAACCAUGAAGACGGCCAGUUCAGAUGAUGAGAUUGCCUUCAAGCAGAAACAGAAGGAUGUGGAUACGUACACGAGGAAGGUGAAGAAGCUGUUCCAGUCCAUGAACUUGUCCGGAGAUGGGGCCAUCAACUUCCAGGAGUUCGCGAAGCUCGUGGAGUCUCCGAAGAUCCAGUUUUGGAUGAGCCAACUUGAGCUCGAGUACCAUGACUUGUUGAGCCUCUUUGAGUUUUUAGACAACGGAGAUGGAGAAAUCACGCUUAUGGAGUUCAUCGAAGGCGCUUCGAGGCUGCGUGGCAACGCCAAAGCGCUGGAUGUCUGGCGCAUGGAGACCAAACUGGAGGUCUUGUUCGAGGAGGUGCUGUCGGCUGUUCGCCCCACCGGCACGAGCAUCCAGGAUGUCUUCGACAACUCUCCGUUUAGACACAUGAAGGCCGCCAGACCCUCUGAGUCCGUAGCUCUCGCGCCCAUUAAAGAUUUUGCGGUUUAGGCGUUUUCCGCCCGAAGGGGCAAUUUUCGCUCGCCCGGCGAAGCGAGCUGCUCGCUCUCUUACCAGGUUUUUAGCUCCUUGUUGGGGGCUUCUGCCAAAAGGCACACUUGCCAGGAAGGCCGGCUAAGCCGCUUCCGGGAAUCCGUUCUGAAUUUUCGAUAGGCCAAAUUCGCCCGGUGUGGCCGAUUUUGAGCUGCAAAGUUAUUCAGCUGUCUCAGAGUGUCGCACCUGGAAUCUCCUGAAGUUUCCAAUGUAGGCGAGUUUGCAAUGUGCAGCUGUGGCGUGCCUUUUGUCCAAGUGUCUGGGCUCUUUCUCACAUGGAGUCCUCAGCUUGGACAUAAUUUUUUUGACAAGCAUUGCGGGGACAGUUGUCCGCAGGUUGACACUUUGUCUGCCAAGUGUUAGGAGCUUCCUCCAUCGGUGCUAUAUGGCUGUGGGUCAAAACCAAUGGUACCAUUUUGGGGC